UUAUCGGACUUAUCAGUCCGACUACUCUUCCUGCUUUAUUGUUUAUUCAGUUUCACCUGUUUUGGUUAAUUCCUGUGAUCAGUAUCUUUCCCACUUGGGGCCAAUAAAAACCAUGUUCCCAACAUUCCUUGCCUCCUGUGUAGUGAUCAAUUCAGCCGAUGAUCCCGAUGGACCGGAGGCUGUAGUCAUGCGGAAUAAUCAGUUCAGUAUCAGCUACUUCAAGACCACCUUCGAGGAUUCCAAUAACCUGAUAUGUUCCCCGGUAGCCGCCCGACUUGGGCUAGCCAUCUUCUACCACGUCUCGGGGCCAGCUGUCGAUGAAGAUCUGCGGACGAUGCUCGGUCUACCGGUGGAGAAAUCGGCUUGUCUAACCCAUCAGAAAGAUCAACAGGCCCAGCUGGUCCAGACGGGCUACACCCAAAUCUACAACAUGCUUUGCCACAACGAAGAUCGUCCCCUGGAGCAGGAAUUUUUUGAAGUUCUGGAUGAGCAUUUAGAUGUGAUCGUAGAACCGGUAGAUUUCACCGACGAUGUUAUGACCGCAAGGACGGCCAACGUUUGGAUCCAGUCGAAGAGUUGCGGCAUUGACGAGCUGGUCCAGGAGGGAGAUGUGUGGUCCGGUAGUCAGCAGUUUUUGAUGUUGUUCAGUGCAGUUACGAUUCCCCGGAUCCGGUUUAAGGUGGGUUUUGAUCCAGAUCGAACGAUCCCGGUUGAUUUCAACUUCUCCAAUAUGGUCCGUUCGGUUCCGGUGAUGAGAGGUUCGUUUAGGGUUCGGUGUUGUAUCGACGAGGUGUUGGAGUGCAUUGUGGUUGAGAUACCAUUUGAAGAUAAUUCCGGAUUGGAACUGUUGGUGGUUCAGCCUUCGAUUGAUCAACGGCUCAAAGAUAUGGUGCAGCAAUUUACGAUGGAGUGCUUAAACCGGAUAGAUGGCAGUUUGGUUGAGCGAUGGGUAGAUAUUCAGCUGCCUAAGUUUAGCGUCGCUUGGAAGACAAAUCUCAAACCUAUCUUAAGCAAGCUCACUUACGAUGGAAUUUUCGAGCUGAAAGAUCUGCGUGCAUUUGUCAGUGGUGGCAAGGAAAAGUUGGAUCAGUUUUAUCAACACUGUUAUCUGAAAAUUGAUGAGAAUGGCGUUGAGCCACCAGUUCAAAUGUUAACGGCCGAGGCAGGUGAAAAUUUGCUUAGAUUUAGCGCUACUAGGCCGUUUAUGUAUAUUGUGAGGAAAAGGAGUGAUAGAGAAAUUGUUUUCAUUGGGAACUAUUCGCGGUAUGUUCCUGAUCCUGAUGAACUGUUUUAGUGUGUAUUUGUGGUUUAGAAACGGCAUAUGAAGCGUGAUUUUAAUAUAAGGAGAUAAAUAAAAAGAAACAUUAAUUGAAAUUCGAAUUAAACUUAUAUUUGCCGGAGACCGGCCAGCUUACUAAGAGCAGGAGUGUAAACGCGAUACUCAAGACUAAACUUUUCUUUGAGGCUACCAAAGUUUGUUUCUUUGAGGCUACCAAAGACCACUAACUGAACAGUUGAAGAUGCCACAAUAAUAUUCAUAUCCUCUAUCAUUUUCUUCUUUAUUAGAGCAAGUUCACUGGUGUUGGGAAAAAGUGGUAGAAAUUUUGACAUUUUGAAAAUUUUACCAUGCAAAAAUGUUUUCAA